AUGGGCGUCGCCGGCCUCUGGCCACUGCUGGACUCGUCGUCAAAGACAAUCUCACUUGCCGCCCUCUCGCUAACAGGGUUUACCAACCCUCACCGUGGUUACCGCCUGGGCAUCGACGCGUCCAUUUGGUUUUUUCACGCUGACUAUGGGAAAGAAGGGGAAAAUCCUCAGUUACGAACUCUAUUCUUCCGGUGCGCUACCCUGCUCAAGUACCCCAUACUACCGCUAUUCAUCUUCGAUGGACCCAAGAGACCAGAUUGGAAGAGGGGAAAGAAGAUCAACAAGACGGCGAACAAGCUAACGACAGGCAUGAAAGCUAUUAUUGAGGCGUUUGGCUUCGAGUGGCGAACGGCGCCUGGAGAAGCAGAGGCCGAACUAGCGUAUCUCAAUGCUACUGGCGUCAUUGACGGCGUUCUCAGUGACGACGUUGAUACCUUUGUCUUUGGCGCACGCACCGUUGUCCGGAACCCGUCAUCUACCCACUCCAGCGACGAGAAACGAACACACGUACGCGUCUGCACCAAUAUAGAGCCCAGUAGGGCCGACCUCAUCCUCAUUGCCUUGUGCUCAGGAGGUGAUUACUGCGAAGCUGGGCUACCUAGCUGUGGCAUCAAAACAGCCUAUGCCCUCGCCCGUGCUGGCCUUUCCACAUCUCUAUACAAAGCCGCCACUACCCUUCCCCGUCCUGAACUUCCUGCAUUUCUGACCACCUGGCGCACGGAACUCAAAGAAGAGCUUCGCACCGACUCACAUCGAUGUAUCGGCCGCAAGAUGGUUUUGUUAGCCAAGUCGGUACCAGAGUCAUUCCCCAACAUCGACGUUCUACUCGCGUAUACCCACCCCGUCACUUCUCGUUCAGAGGGAAAGCCCGAUUAUUACGUGGAUAUCUCUUGGACUCGCAAGGAACCUCAAAUACCUGCCCUAGCUGGCCUCUGCGAGUUCUACUUCGACGAUUCAGGAACACUCAUAUGGCCAGGGCAUUGCUCUCCAUGCACCUUGCGACGAUAUAUCCUCGAUGAUGACCCAGAACAGGUGUUUACCCUGUUCAGUGGGGAUCAGCCGGUCCCUGGAGAUGGGUGGAUGAAGAAGAUACACUCGAAGCGGGAACACCACUCGACCGACAAAACACUCGAGUAUCGUGUCGAGGUCGAUCCUACUGCUCUGGUGGCGUUAGCAGAGGCGGGAGUGAAGGAAUGGGAAGUCAGCGGUGACGAACAGGAUGACGAGGAUAGCAAGAAGAAGGGAUCCGUAGACCCGCUUGAGCCCCUUCGGCUGUGGUUGCCAGCCGUGCUUGUGCGGCAGGCCAAACCGGAGCUUGUUAAAGCUUAUGAGGGAGUACUGAGGAAGAAGCAGGAAAAGAAGACGCCAAAGGGCCGAAAGAAAAAGGGAGAAGAGCUGAGUGGUGAUGAGAAGUCCAAAUCGAAACCUAGGAUCAAAAAGAACGCUUCGACGGGUAAAGGACAGGACCUCAGGUCGUUCUUCCCAUCUCAGAAAUCAAGCACAGCAACGGCUCUGAAGGAUUCGCCCAUAGCCAAUGCUGCGUCUGCUACCAUCACUCCUUCCUUGCCAUCUACCUCAACGAAAGUAACUGUCUCUCGUCAGCCGCGACCAUUUCCAGCAUCAUUUAGUGAUACCGAUGAUGAAGAUGACAUGGCGACGACCGGUAAAUCAGACGUCAUCGAGAUUUCGUCCUCUUCGGAGGAGGAAGAUGUUAAAGCAGAGAUCAAGCAGAAGGCAGUACCGCCAGCACAUACACACCCCCUUCUUGCUGCUCGUGCACGCGCCAGGCGCUGA